AUGACUCGGCAUGUUGUGUUAUCUCGUCACCACUCGAGAGUAUGCACGGCGACGGCAAUAGAGGUGGCGCUAUGGGGGGUUGCAGAGAAUUCCCAUUUCACAAAUCUUCGCUGGUCGGCGAGGGUGAACUCGACUCAUUCAGAGAUGAAGAUCACCCCGUUCGGUCAAAGAUUGGCAGCGGACACAUAUCGCAGCUCCACUGUGCCUGACCGCUUCCCUGUAAGCGGGCCAGUGCAAGGCUGUAAGAGUGACUUGAGGAAAUCUUCGGGAGAUUACAUGAAUGACACGCGGCCGAUCGACACAGCCGAGCAUGUGCUCGGCCCCCACUCCGGGCGCAUUAGUGCAACGUGUGGGAUGAACAUCGCCAGGUGGUGUUUGUGGCUGGCGGCUGACAUUGGCGGGCCGCAAGCUUAA